UAAAGUAAAUCUGAAUGAAGACAAAUUUUUUGACAAAGACAGGGAUAAGAGCAAUUUAAACCACAUAAUUGAGAUGUCUGAGAAUGUCAUAUAUGAACAUAAGAAAGCUGAAGAAGUCAAGGAUCUGACCCAAGGUAUUAUCAGAGACUCUUCUGAAACACCUCUGAUAUUCUGCAUCGACAUUAGCAGUUCAAUGCAAUGCUCUGAAUUAUUAUAAAUGGCAAAUGGUUUACAUACCUUACAAGAUACGACUGCAUUGCUAAAGGCAUCUGCGACCAGAUCGAAGCUUGCAAAGAAACUAAGAGCAAAGUAUGUUACUGUGCAUGGAGAUACCACUGAGAAACCUCAUGUAAUCGAUUCAGAAGAGAAUCUCAAUGACGAAGAGUAUUUGUACACAAACGCUGAAGUGCUUGCUCAAAAAUUCACAUGUCCCAUCCAAUCAGUCAUACACAUAAAAGUAUAAUUGAUUUAGUAAAGAACAAAGAGCCCAAUGGCUCUACUACUUUGGGACUAGGUGCUCUAACAGCCAUCACAAUGGCUGGUGCUGUAGGCAAAGGAGCUACUGUCGUAAUCCGAACAGACGGUGAGGCCAACACAGGAGUGGGCUCUCAAGACAGUUAUAAAGAUGUCUCUGAUUGAGAACAAAGAGUUUUAAACUUUUAUAAAGAUCUUGCUGACAACGCCAAUAAGCAUGGAGUCACAGUCAAUCUCAUGAGUCUCAAAGAAUGUUAUUGUAACCUUGACAACUUGAUUGUUCUCAGCGAAGAAACUGGAGGCCAAGUCAACAUCAUCGAUCCUCAAGAUGCAAGUAAUGUGUUCGAGACAAUGCUGCAGGUCAAGCCUAUAGCCAUUAACGUCACUGUAAAGGUGAGACUGCAUCAAGCGCUAGAGUUCAAGAAUGAGCUAGGCAAGAAUCUGAGUGCUGACAGAACCCUGAUGAAGAAGAAACUUGGGAGUGUGAACUCUCAGACUGAAGUGACCUUUGGCUACAAGCUCAAAGACCCUGAUAAACUUGCUCUCAUCGAAGGCUUCAACAUUGAAGAAUUCAGCAAGAUUCCAUUCCAGACCCAGAUCGAAUACUGUAGACUCGACGAUACCAAGUGUCUCAAAGUAAUCUCAAGAGUGUUUGAGACUUCUUCAGAUGCUGAGGAGAUCAAGCAAGAUGCGAACCUCGGCAUUGUAGCUGUAAGCACUGCUCAGCAAGCAUCAAACCUUGUAAAAUAGGGAAGUUUCCGAGAGGCUCAAGUACUUUCAUAUAACAACAAGAAGUUCAUCAAAAGGAUGACCAAGAGUGAAGACGACGCCACUGUCUACAAGGCCUUUAAGUCUAGUCUGAGUAAAAUGUAUAGAGAUGCAGCUGUGUAUCGAAGCCAACAAUUAACCCCUAACCUUUACUUAAGAGGGUCAGGAGAGUCAAGGAUAUCUCCAUUCAUUGAUAAAAAGAGUGAUGACCUCACAGUGAGUCGUCACCAUAUGAGUUCUCUUUCAACUCAAAAGCUGAUAAAGAUGUAUCCCAAUUAAAAUUC